GUGGAUAGCAAACAUUGUCCCUGUUAGAAAAAAAAUGGACAACUUCGCGUUUGUGUAGACUUUCGCGAUCUGAAUAAUGCAUGCCCUAAAGAUGAUUUUCCCUUGCCCAUCACCGAAAUCAUGGUUGAUGCAACUACUGGACACGAGGCGUUGUCGUUUAUGGAUGGGUCGUCUGGAUAUAAUCAAAUACGGAUGGCCCUCUCAGAUGAAGAAAUGACAGCUUUCAGAACUCCAAAGGGAAUAUACUGUUACAAGGUGAUGCCCUUUGGAUUGAAAAAUGCCGGCGCUACUUAUCAACGUGCCAUGCAGAAAGUGUUUGAUGAUAUGUUGCACAGGUAUGUUGAAUGUUAUGUUGAUGAUCUUGUAGUCAAAACAAAGAGACGACAAGACCAUUUGAAGGAUCUAAAAGUCGUGUUUGAUCGCUUGCGAAAAUAUCAGCUAAGGAUGAACCCUCUCAAGUGUGCGUUUGGUGUAACUUCAGGAAAAUUUCUUGGCUUCAUUGUAAGGCAUCGAGGGAUCGAAAUAGACCAGUCCAAGAUUGAUGCCAUUCAGAAGAUGUCAAGACCUAAAAGUUUGCAUGACCUAAGAAGUCUCCAAGGACGACUGGCUUACAUCCGAAGGUUCAUCUCUAACUUGGCCGGUCGGUGUCAACCUUUUCAAAAGUUGAUGAGAAAAGGAGAAAAUUUUGUGUGGGAUGAAGCUUGUCAGAACGCUUUUGAUAGCAUAAAGAAAUACUUGCUUACUCCCCCAGUGCUGGGAGCUCCAGUACCUGACAAACCACUAAUAUUGUACAUUGCUGCACAAGAAAGGUCCUUAGGAGCAUUACUGGCACAAGAAGAGGUAAAGGGAAAGGAGCGUUCUCUCUACUAUCUAAGCAGAACAUUAAUUGGGGCUGAAGUUAACUAUUCUCCUAUCGAAAAGAUGUGUCUUGCACUUUUCUUUGCCAUUGAUAAGUUGAGGCAUUAUAUGCAGGCCUUCACGGUUCAUCUAGUGGCAAAAGCAGACCCUAUAAAGUAUGUUCUAUCCAGGCCAAUCAUCGCUGGACGCUUAGCCAAAUGGGCGGUUCUACUCCAACAAUAUGACAUUGUCUAUAUUCCCCAAAAGGCGAUAAAAGGACAAGCGCUAGCAGACUUUUUAGCAGACCACCCAAUUCCUUCGGAUUGGAAGUUAUGUGAUGACCUACCAGACGAUGAGGUUUUCUUCACAGAAGUUAUGGAACCUUGGACUAUGUACUUCGAUGGUGCAGCUCGAAGAAGUGGUGCGGGGGCAGGCAUUGUCCUCAUUUCUCCUGAGAAGCAUAUGUUGCCUUAUAGCUUUGCACUUUCCGAAUUGUGUUCAAACAAUGUGGCUGAAUAUCAGGCUUUGAUAAUUGGCCUUCAAAUAGCAUUAGAAAUCGGAGUGUCAUUCAUAGAGGUCUAUGGUGAUUCAAAAUUGAUAAUCAAUCAACUCUCGCUUCAAUAUGACGUGAAACAUGAAGACUUGAAGCCAUAUUUUGCUUAUGCUCGACAAUUGAUGGAAAAGUUUGAUAAUGUGAUGUUAGAACAUGUCCCUAGAGUAGAAAAUAAGAGAGCGGAUGCAUUGGCAAAUUUAGCCACGGCCUUGACCAUGCCAGAUGAUGUAACUCUGAACAUACCACUUUGUCAACGAUGGAUUAUACCCCCAGUUAGGCCUGAAUGUCAGGAAGUGAACAUGGCAACAUCCUAUUUGAUUGAUGAAGAAGAUUGGCGUCAACCCAUCAUAGAGUAUCUUGAACAUGGAAAGCUUCCAAAGGAUUCUCGUCAUAAAAUUGAGAUACGAAGAAGGGCAGCACACUUCAUUUAUUACAAGGGAACUUUAUAUCGCCGUUCUCUUGAAGGGCUCUUCCUUCGAUGUCUCGGAAAGGAAGAUUCGGUAAAAGCUCUAAAGGAAGUACAUGCAGGUGUUUGUGGAGCACAUCAAUCGGGACCAAAGCUUCAAUUCCAGCUAAGAAGAAUGGGCUACUACUGGCCUAAGAUGAUCCAAGAUUCAAUAGACUAUGUGAAGAAGUGUGAGCCUUGUCAAUACCAUGCAAACUUCAUACACCAACCUCCAGAACCUCUUCAUCCAACUGUGGCUUCUUGGCCUUUUGAGGCUUGGGGACUCGAUCUGGUUGGCCCCAUUACACCAAAAUCAUCAGCAGGACAUUCUUAUAUCCUAGCAGCAACAGACUAUUUUUCAAGGUGGGCUGAGGCCAUUUCAUUGAGAGAAGCCAAGAAGGAGAACGUGGCAGACUUUAUUCGAACACACAUCAUCUAUCGAUACGGUAUUCCACAUCGAAUCGUGACGGAUAAUGGAAAGCAAUUCUCCAAUAGUAUGAUGGACAAGUUAUGUGAAAAAUUCAAAUUCAAGCAAUAUAAGUCAUCCAUGUACAACGCAGCUGCGAAUGGACUAGCAGAAGCAUUCAACAAAACAUUGUGUAAUCUUUUAAAGAAAAUUGUCUCCAAGUCAAAGAGGGAUUGGCAAGAAAAGAUCGGCGAGGCAUUAUGGGCUUAUCGGACGACUCAUCGCACCCCUACAGGGGUUACACCAUAUUCGCUUGUUUACGGUGUGGAGGCUGUCCUUCCUCUCGAAAGGGAAAUUCCGUCACUAAGAAUGGCAGUACAAGAGGGAUUGACUACCGAAGAUAAUGUGAAGUUACGUCUUCAAGAAUUAGAAGCACUUGACGAAAAGCGAUUAGAGGCUCAGCAAGCAUUGGAAUGUUAUCAAGCGAGAAUGUCCAAAGCUUUUGAUAAACACGUUAAACCUCGCUCCUUUCAAGUCGGUGAUCUAGUACUUGCCGUAAGGAGACCGAUCAUCACAACAAGGCAUACAGGAAAUAAGUUCACACCUAAAUGGGAUGGACCUUACAUUGUUAAAGAAGUUUAUACAAAUGGCGCAUACAAGAUCGUUGAUCAAGACGGACUACGAAUUGGCCCAAUCAAUGGUAAAUUUCUUAAAAAAUUUUAUGCUUAAUUUUGUUAGGUAAAAAAAAAAAAAAAAAAA